GACAUCUUACUUCGAUCAACGAAGGUUUUAGGGUCUGCUUCAGUUGUGUUCCACCUAAAAUCUCUCUCCUAACCUCCUCUUCUUCUUCUGCUGCUUCUAAUUUUUUUUGUGAAGUGGAGAGAGGAAGGGGGAGGUGUUAGCUUCCGAUUUUUAGAUUUCUGGAUUGUCUUCAACCAUGGCUGCUCCUGAAGCUCCCGUUAACUAUGUCGGCGUUGCUAGAGAUUCCGCCGCUUUCCGUCUGAUGAAACAAAUGGGCUGGGAAGAAGGAGAAGGUCUAGGAAAGGAAAAACAAGGUAUUAAAGGAUAUGUCAGGGUUAAGAACAAACAAGAUACUGCAGGUAUUGGAACAGAACAGCCUAACAACUGGGCAUUUGAUACAACUCAAUUUGAUAACAUCCUCAAAAGGCUGAAAGUGCAAGUAACUGAGAUGAAGAAGAAUGAAGUUAGUGGUAAUGAUGAAAUGCCUGUGUAUGAAGAGACAGAGAAUUCCCAAAACAGCAAAGAAACAGUUGCUAAAGUCACACGUCCACAGGGAAGAUAUAAGAAAAGAGAAAGAGGCAAGCAUGUCCAUUUGUACUCUUCUCAUGAUCUUGAAGGAAUUCUUGUAAAGAAGGCAAAGCCUUCACCAGCAGUUGAGGUUCAGAAUGUCGUAGAGGUAGUCCAAGCAUCUCAAAUCCAGGUUCCUAGUGCUGAAGAUCAAGUGGUCACACCAGAUUGGUGGGGUCAUAAAUUUGGUUUUGUCAUGGGCGGUUUUCUAGGGGCACAGAGUAGGCAAAAGAAGCCAUCUGCUGAAGAUGAGCUAGAUUUCAGUAAAAGAACUACAUUCUGCGAGGAUGAUCAAGAAAAUCUCUAUAAUCGUGCUCAAAAUAAAUCUACUUCUGGGAAACAAGGUUUGGGCAUCAAGGACAAGCCAAAGAAGGUUGCCGGUUGCUUCUUUCAGGGGAAAAAGACAUCUUUUGAUGACAGUGAUGUGGAAAAUUCCUCUGAUUCAAAUGUGCCAAUGAAAGAAAAAAAUAUUGACUUUUCCAGGUUUUGUGAGAAUGUUGAACCAAAAUUGAAAUUAAAGAAGUUAUGUAAGCACCUCCUUAAACAGGCACCUGGGAACUCUCUGAAACUAAAGAAACUGAAAGUUCUUAUUGAUGAGCAAUCAGCAGGGGUGUUUGACAACUUCUCUAAAAAAGAUGCUAUAGCUCACUUAAAGCGCAAGCUUGAAGGCAGUGACAAAUUCUCUGUGGAUGGGAAGCUAGUGUCUCUGACUUGAGAGGCUGAAAACAUCAUUGCAGAUUCGGGUGACACAUUCAUUGUACAUGAACUUUUGUACCUUUCCGCGACUGAGUCACUCGCUAACCACAUAAAGUCCCAGUUACCAUGGGUGGGCAUCAGGCAUGUGUCGGUCUAGGUUGGGCCAUCCUUCACUUUUAAGAAACAAUCAGUUUCUUCAAAUGGAUAGGGGUAAAUCUGGUAUAUCAAUUACCAUAAUUGAUGUUAGAACUUAACCUUAAGCAUUAUUUGUAUCCUUUUUAUUUUAUCAUUUUUAUGUAUAUUCAUCUCUUUUUAUAUUAUCUUUUUAUAAUAGCUUAUCUUUUUUAUAUUUAUUUUCUCUUUUCCUUUUCGUGGUGAUAUCAUAUAUCGAUUCAUGUUAGCCGAUCCCAAUAUCUUUUGAGACUAAGGC